AUGUCAUCCUCCCAGCAGCAGUUCGUCCCAAGAAUUAGACGGGUUCGAGAGCUGCAAGCGUACAAGGACUGGGUCGAGGCAGGGGGAUUAGAAAGAUUCGCGGCAGAGCACAAUGUCAAACCAGACUUCGCUGACCGUCUUUGCGACGUCAAGCCGGACGUAGCCAUCGCGUUUUACCUCAAACUCGCGACUAUACCUGGCCUAGAAACUACAAUGGCACCCCCGAGCAAUGAAGUGUAUGCCCCCGCCUCUUAUGGGCUACAGAUCAUACAAGACACGGAGAACGGAUGGAGCAGCGAGGAUGAGACGGAUGAUAAGAAGGCCAGGGAACAGAAAGGCGGAGAGAGCAAGGACGACGAAUCCGAUUAG